AUGAACUUCGAACAAAGAGCCAAUAUUAAGUUUUGUUUUAAACUUGGUAAAACAUUUACCGAAACCCAUAAUUUGAUGAAACAAGUUUAUGGUGAUAAUUGUGUAGCCCGUACCAGUGUUUAUGAGUGGUAUACGCGAUUCAAGAACGGUCGUGAGGACAUAAAUGACGACACACAUACAGGUCGCCCAAAAUCGACAAUUAACGAAAAUUCCAUCGAAGUUGUGCGUAAUUUCAUCAAGCAUGAGCCAAAAUCUUCAGUGAGAUACAUGGAAAUGGAAUUGAACAUCCCCAAAUCAACGAUUUAUCGCAUUUUGGCCGAACAUUUGGGCCUACAAAAAGUCUGUGCACGAUUUGUUCCACACAAGUUGACUGACGACCAAAAAAUGCUUCGAAUUCAACAUUCAAAGGACAUUAUUAAGGAAGCCAAAAAGGACCAAAACUUCCUUUAUAGCAUUGUUACUGGUGACGAGACGUGGUGUUUUCAAUACGAUCCAGAAACCAAGCGUCAAAGCGCGGAAUGGAAGGCGCGAAACGACCCAAAACCCAAAAAAUCGCGUUUUGAGAAGUCAAAAGUGAAGACAAUGCUCAUUUGUUUUUAUGAUUCCAAGGGUAUUGUGCACAAAGAAUUCGUUCCAGCAGGCCAAACAGUUAAUGCUGUAUUCUAUAAUAUCGCGAAGAAGGAAGUUGGCGCUUGUUACACGAUAAUGCGCCAUCUCACCGUUCGACACUUGUCACUGAUUUUUUGA